CGGAGGUGAUGCGCAGGGGUCGCCAUGGCGGAGGUGCAAGCAGCUGCGGGUGCAGGAGGCGGUGGACUCCAUGGUGAAGAGCCUGGAGAGGAGAGAACAUACGCAAGAUGCAGGGUCUUAUGUUCCGAUGCAGUGCCAGUUGCUGUGAGGACAGCCAGGCAUCUAUGCAGCAGGUUCACCAGUGCAUUGAGCGAUGCCAUGCCCCACUGGCUCAAGCCCAGGCCCUGGUGACGAGUGAGCUGGAGAAGUUCCAGGACCGCCUGGCCCGGUGCACCAUGCACUGCAAUGACAAAGCCAAAGAUUCGAUAGAUGCAGGGCAUAAAGAGCUUCAGGUGAAAAGACAGCUGGAGAGUUGUGUGACCAAGUGUGUCGAUGACCAUAUGCACCUCAUCCCAACCAUGACCAAGAAGAUGAAGGAGUCUCUCUCAUCCAUUGGGAAAUAGAAGUCUUUGCCUCUGGCCAAUGUGACUAAGAGCAGUAAUCUCUUUGAAAAAGAGAACUGGGGAUGUUGGUCUUUUAAGCAGCAUUUACAAAUGAAUAAGGAGGGCAGCAAGUUUUAGGCCUGUCACUUGC